UACAACCUGGAAUGACACAACCCACAACCAUGGCACCAUCUUCCCAUCAACCUGGACUGGAACCACUCAGCCAAACCUAACACACGAGGAUUGCACCUCAUCGUCGCCCUUUACUGCUUGCUCAACAAGUCUCUUUGUCUCUGUCCUUUACUCUCAGCUCACUAUCAUCACAUCACUCUCGCUAUUCUCCUUUUUGUUCGUUGAUGGCAGCGUUGUUAUUGUUUAUUACGUUCUGUCCUGUCUUGCCUACUGUGGCCCUCCAUUUCCAACCCCUACCUCGAAGACUCGAAACGAAAUCAAUCUCCUGAUUCCUUACGAGCCCACUACAUUAUUGUCCUACCAUACAUUGUAAUUGGAACUCACAAAAGGGGGAAAUAACAAUUUCAUACCUCAUAUUCCUCCGCAUUUCUCCCUCCCUCCUUUAUACCGUCCUGGUCGUCGUCAGUCUGGGGUACGGCGCCAGGAACGAGUCAACAACAUGGCCAAUCGCUAUUCCACUUACUCAAACCAGUCCUCUCUGGUUGGAGGACGACCAACAGCACAGCAGCCUACACAGGUAUCAACUACGACUUUGUUAAACUCUCUUCAUAACAUCUACUCCUCUGGCCAAACCUAUCAGCUCGAUGCAAGUACAACUAUAGCCGUCAAUACCUGGCUCACUGCCACCAAUCCAGAUGCUCAUGGCCGUAUUGGAGGCAUUGUUGAUGCUCAAGCAGCCUCCCGGGCCUGGGAACAUGCCAGACGACGAGCAGAAGAUGGUUGCAUUAUUCUAGGCUCGUUACACCCGUCCACACCUUCACUGCUAGUACCCACCCUACAAGUCAUUCCCUUGGCCACUCCUCAACUUGCCUAUACCGCCCUUUCAGCAUUGCGGCCAUUCCUUUCAUGUGUCACCCCGUCCAAUGGCAUCGCAUUCAGACAUUCAGCCUUGUCAGCGAAGUAUACAGUCACCCUUGCUGGCACUGUAACGGGCUUUACUCUUGCGUUGUCUGGCUCCGGCAUCGAUGUGGAGCGUGGCUUGCUGAGGAUCCCCUCCGAACCUGGACACCGAGCUUUCGAUGUUUUCUACUACCUGUUGACCUCCGCAUCCACUCCCUCCGAACGCGAGUUUCUUGGCUUACAACAUCCCUCUGAAUAUACCCUACUCAACCGAUCCGCCUGCUACAAUCCACCUUCCUACCUCCCUUCUGCAGACGAUGAUGCAGCGGCCGAAGACUGGCGUUCCUCCCUCAAAGCAAUUGGGAUCAAGGGUGCCGACUUUCGUGGGCUGCUGGCAUCCCUUGCCGGUCUUCUCAAACUCGGUGAGACAACUGGUCUCCUCGUUGAUUCCGACGUCCUCGAUGAAAUCUGUGAAGAUGUUGGUGGACUGGUCGGCAUCGAACCUGAAGUCCUGAGCAAGCAGUGCAGUACAGAUGAUCGCGAAGUCCUCAUUGCUGCUAUGUACGAGGCUCUCGUCGACUGGGUCGUGUUGAAAGCCAACCAAGCCAUCGCCGAUCAGAUGAGAGCAGGAGCGCUUACACCGGAUUCUGGAAGCGAAAACGCAGACGAGGUCAGUCUUUCAGUGGUAGAGAUUCCAACUGAAGCAUUGGCCAAAGCCAUCGCCCUCCGAAAUGUCUUCGAUGACUCCUUGGGAAUCAACGCCGAAAUGAAGGAUGACGGGGUCGAGAUUUCAUCCGUGGGACACUCUGUGCUCCGCGAAAUGAACAAUGCUGUCUCUGAAGUGGAAGUCGAUCUCGGUAUUAAGGGUGCUCAAAUGCGUGAGAAGGAGCACGAUCGUGAUAGGAGAGAGGGUAUUCUGGUCAAGAUUGGCACGGGCGUUGAAGAGGGUAGUUUUCUCCACAAUCUCCUCUAUGCGGUUGAUGGCGAAGGUCUAAAUUUUGGUCGCAAAGGCCGAUUUGACCUUGCAAGCCUCCUGGCCAGCAGUAGGGUAUGGUACCAACUAUCCAUCCAUCCUACCGACGAGCCGCCCAGUUCACUUGUCGAACAUGCAACCGCAACGUCAGCAUGGUCCGCCGGUGCUGUCUCUCGCCAGCUCCGCUCUUGGCGACUACCAGAGUGGGCCAAUUACCGGAACAAACAGCUCGAUUUUACCGCCGACUUCGAUGUGGAUGAGUUUGUCACCAGAUAUUCGAGACUUGGAUGCAAAGAAGGCCCAGAUGGUAUCGAGACUUUUCUUCUGGAACGGGGGUGGACUAACGGCGAAGUCAUAAUUGGACGAGAACGCGUUUGGAUGCGUGAAAGUGCGUGGUGGGAAGCCGAGUCCAUGCUUGACAUGAAACCCAUGGACUCACACUACGACAACCCCUUCAACUCGGGAUAUUCUGCCCACCCCCCACACAAUGAGAGUGGCUUCUUCCCGCCUAUGGGCGACGCCAUGAGCAUGCUCGACAGUCGGGAAAACCUGCUUGGUGUGGCCGCUGGCGAUCGAACCAAGUCAAUUGCUCCAACAAUGGCUCGCACCACCCACACAAUAGGUGGGGAUUAUGGUCUGGGUCCAAAAGGCGACACUCGCCAAGAUCCAUAUUGGGAUCCUGACCUGGGUCGAUAUAUUGGUGAUUUGGACCCAGAGUUUGGAGACCCGCGAAACAUUGAAUCGAAGAAGACGUCUAUCGGACGGCAGGCAUGGGUCUCGCUUGUGUGGGCUCUUACAUUCUGGAUUCCUUCUGUUCUACUCCGAUUCAUCGGUCGGAUGAAGCGUCCAGAUGUGCGCAUGGCAUGGCGAGAAAAGGUGGUACUGGUCGCCAUCAUAUUUUUGAUCAACGCGAUUAUCAUCUUCUGGAUCGUGGCAUUUGGGAAUCUUUUGUGUCCUAACCUCGACAAGGCCUUCAACGCUAGAGAAGUGGGUUUCCACACAGGCGAGAACGACGUUUACGUCAGCAUCCGUGGCAAAGUGUACGACAUCACCAAGUUCUACCGGAUUGACCACUCUGAUACAGACACGCCUGCAUCGGCUGACAGGAUGUUGGAGCUGGCUGGCAAGAAUCUCGAUGCCUAUUUCCCACCUCCAUUAAAUGUCGCUUGCCCCGGUCUAGACGUGGACCCAAGUGUCGUCUUGCAGCACCAAGACCCGAACGCUAUCGAAAAUCCUACUGCCGUCCAUCUCUCGGGGCCGCAAUUGCAAACCGACCAAAAUUCUGCCCUGUACAGUAUAAAUUGGUACGAUCAGAGGUUCUUACCCAAGAUUGACGAAUACUACAAGGGUGACUUGGUGGUCCGGCGAAGCGAAGUGCAGAAACAAGCGAAUGACGAUGAACGACAAUGGGUCAUCAUUGACAAUGGCAUCUACGACCUCACAGAUUAUUUUUACACAUUAAAGUUGAUGAAUGGCUUCAACACGUACGACUUCAUUCCAGAAGAUGUCGCUGAACUCAUCCGAAACAACGUGGGGACGGACAUCACAAACCAAUGGGGGACCAGUGCGAGUUUCCUCAACAGCAAGAACUGUAUGGACAAUGUCUUCUACGUUGCCAAGGUUGAUUUCCGUCAGUCGGCCCGAUGUGUGGUCAACAACUGGAUUCUUCUUGCAUUCACCAUCAUAGUCUGUACGGUCAUCUUGGUCAAGUUUUUGGCGGCUCUCCAAUUAGGGUCCAAACGCAGACCCGCUGCUCAGGACAAGUUUGUCAUCUGUCAAGUGCCCGCCUACACAGAGGGUGAGGAUCACUUGCGCAAGUCGCUCGACUCCUUGACAGCGCUCCAAUAUGACAACAAGAGAAAGCUAAUCUGUGUCAUCUGUGACGGUAUGAUCGUUGGAGGUGGCAAUGACCGACCUACACCCAAGAUUGUUCUGGACAUUCUCGGAGUUGAUCACAAGAUUGACCCUCCUGCACUACCCUUCCGAUCGGUUGGUAAUGGGAAUGAACAGCUCAACUACGGCAAAGUGUAUUCGGGUCUGUACGAAUACGAGGGCAAUGUGGUGCCAUACCUGGUUGUCAUCAAGGUGGGCAAAGAAUCAGAGCAAGCCAAGUCGAAACCAGGUAACCGGGGCAAGCGGGAUUCCCAGAUCUUGCUGAUGCAAUUCCUGAAUCGGGUGCAUCACCGUUCACCCAUGUCUCCAUUGGAACUUGAGAUGUUCCAUCAAAUCAACAACAUUAUUGGUGUGGACCCCGAGCUGUAUGAGUACUUGCUCAUGGUUGAUGCGGAUACGAUGGUCAAAGAGGACUCCCUCAAUCGACUGGUGGCGGCAUGUGCCAACGAUGCAAAGAUUGCUGGCAUUUGCGGUGAAACGAGCUUGGAAAAUGAAGAGCGAAGCUGGUGGACAAUGAUCCAAGUGUAUGAGUACUACAUCUCUCAUCAUCUUUCCAAGGCUUUCGAAUCACUCUUUGGCAGUGUGACCUGCUUGCCUGGAUGUUUCUGCAUGUAUCGUCUUCGCACCGCUGACAAAGGACGGCCGCUCAUCAUUUCGGAUAAGGUGGUCAACGAGUAUGCCGAUUGCGACGUGGACACUCUUCACAAGAAGAAUUUGCUGUCUCUGGGUGAGGAUCGGUACUUGACAACUUUAAUGACCAAGCACUUCCCGGCCAUGAAGUACAAGUUUGUUCCAGACGCAUAUGCGCUGACAGCAGCGCCCGAGACAUGGUCCGUCCUUCUCUCGCAGCGUCGACGAUGGAUCAAUUCGACAAUCCACAACCUUGCAGAAUUAGUCUUCCUCAAGGAUCUGUGUGGGUUCUGCUGUUUCUCUAUGAGAUUUGUGGUCUUUAUCGAUCUCUUUGGAACGCUGAUCCUCCCGGCAACCUGUGUGUACCUGGCAUAUCUCAUCUAUCGUGUGGCAUCUGGAACUGGGCAAUUUCCUUUACUGUCCCUGAUCAUUUUGGCGGCCGUGUAUGGUCUGCAAGCCAUCAUCUUCAUCAUCAAACGGCAAUGGCAGCAUAUUGGAUGGAUGAUCAUUUACAUCAUGGCGUAUCCAAUCUACAGCUUUAUUCUGCCUAUCUACUCAUUUUGGCAACAGGACAAUUUCAGCUGGGGAAAUACCAGAAUUGUCAUUGGAGAGAAGGGAGACAAGAAGGUGGUGGCGAUUCAGGAUGAAGGCUUCGACCCGAGAUCAAUUCCAUUGCAGAGGUGGGAUGAUUAUGCGGCAAGCAACAAUCUACCGGGGCAGCGAGGAAACAGCGGAAUCUAUCAUGAAAAGGGGAUGGAAGGUGGCUACCGGGAUGAUGCAGGAGUGAUGGAAAUGGAUGACAUGCAUUCCCAGUACUCGUCCGUCAAGCCGGCAAGCACGAUUCUGGCAGGGUUCCCUCAACAGCAGCAUCCGUACGUGGCGCCCCCCCGAUCACCUGCACCGUUUGGUAUGAACAAUCGGGCGAGCACGAUGACCGGGUUGACCCAAUUCCACGACCAACCGGUUAGCGUUCAUGGCAGACAGAUGAGCAUGAUGAGCUUGGGCAGUCAAGCACGACUGACGUCUCCUUCGCCAAACCCAUACCAAGAACGCAACCCAUAUCAGAGCGGGAUGCAGCAUGCGGCCAGCCGACCAAGCUUAUUAGGAUUGGGCACAUCUCGACCAACAUCGACGAUCAUGGAUUUCCGGACAGUUCCAUCUGCAGGACCCAGCGAUCAAGACAUUGUUGAUGCAAUUCGAAUGGUUCUGAGUGAGGUGGAUCUGGACAAAGUGACCAAAAAGCAAGUCCGCGCGUUGGUGGAGCAAAGACUUCAAUGCGAAGUACCCGCUGGAGAGAGGCGGACAUUCCUCGACAAGGCAAUCGAUGGAGAACUAGCCAACAUGUAAAGAAAGGCUGGGGCAAAGAGGAGUUUGGGCAUUGGAAGGGCAUUGGGAUGACGCUGGCUGACCAUGGCUUCUGGUCUAUGAUAAAGGACUAUGGACGGUGGGUUGACUGGACUAAGAUGAGGGAUGAAGGUUAUGUGUAUAAAAGGAUAAAGGUAAUCAUUGCUGGCAUUUAGCGUAUUGAACAUGAUAUUCUAUGAGAGUAUGCAUUGUGCGUAGAGCAAGGUUGAUCAGGCCGUAUCUUGAAGUGUCUAUUAGACCAUCC